CACUCUGACAGAGUGCUGACCUCGUCUCUGUAGGCUGUUUCAUCUCCAUCAGUGAUGAGGCCUGGUGUCAUGAUGGUGGUGUCAUCAGCAAACUUGAAGAUGAUGUUAGACGUGUGUUUGGCUACACAGUCAUGUGUAUACAGGGAGUACAGGAGGGGGCUGAGCACACAUCCCUGGGGAGCCCCUGUGCUCAGGGUCAGUGUGGAAGAGAAGUUGUCCCCAGCUUUCACCACCUGGGGUCGCUCGUCAGGAAGUCCAGUAUCCAGUUGCACAGAUGAGAGUUCUAACCCAAGUCUGUGAGCUUAGGAAUGAGUUUGGCAGGGAUGAUUGUGUUGAAUGCUGAGCUGUAAUCUAUGAACAGCAUUCUUACAUAUGUAUUCUUUCUGUCCAGGUGUGUGAGAGCAGUGUGUACUGUUAGUGCAAUGGCGUCGUCUGUGGAUCUGUUGGAGCGGUAUGAACCGACACACCGUGGCGUGAUGUUUUUAAUCUGAGUGAUGAUGUGAAGCCGGAGUGGAGAGCACUGUAUAAACCACCAUUGACUAAAAAAGUAGCUGACCUGCAGUGGAGGAUUUUACACGUACGCCAAAAGAGAGAAAUCCAAAUGCCAACUGAUUUAACUUCAUUCUUGGGCAGGCGAAAAUGGCGAUAUAUAUCAGUCGUAAGAACAAGGUGGCGCAUGGUACUGACUGUGAGGCCACAAGGAUUCUCUCUAGGCUGGUGAGAUCCAGGGUUUUAAUUGAUUUUAAUUAUUAUAAGACCAUGUGUGAUGUGGAGGCCUUUGAGGUGAUGUGGUGCUGUGGUGGGGCCGUGUGCUCGGUGUGCGAGGGUGAGCUCUGCUUCGCUCCUGAGCUCAGAUGAGCCGGACUGGGUUUUAUUUGUUUUCUUGUUUUCAUUUAUUUAUAAAGUGUUUGUCUUAUUUUUAUUUAAUCAAUUAAUUUAUUUCAAUAUAGCCUAAGAUGACACAAUGUGACAGAUGACUGUUUUAAAGAAAGUGCUGGUUCAAUAAAGGACCGUCAAAAAGUUAAAAAAAAGUCUCCCCCCCCCCCCUCUCUUUCUCUGUCUCUUUCUCUCUUCCUCUUCCUCUCUCUCUCUGUGUGUGCGUGCUCUCAGGUGUGUGAGAUGUCCUCCUCAGGUGAUCAGGGUGUGUUUUUUGUUGGUACGCGGGACGCCGUGGUUCAGGCUGGCCGAGUGGUGAGGAGAGUGAAUGGGAGAGAUGUGCUUGUGCUCCAUCACCAGGGGUCGCUGCACGCACUGGAUCUGCGCUGCUACCACUCCGGUGGUCCACUACAGGAGGGAGACAUUGAGGAGUUUGACGGCCAGCUGUGUAUCGUGUGUCCGUGGCAUAAGUAUAAAAUCACUCUGGCAGAGGGAGAGGGUCUUUAUCAGGCUGUCGACCCCUCAGUUAAGCCCCUCAGGCCGGUGUGGUGCUCUAAAGGGGUCAAACAGAGGGUCCACUGGGUCACAGAGGUCAACGGGGACGUUUUUAUCAGGCUGAACGAUUCGGCCGGCGCCGUGGAGUCCGAUCACUACCAGACCGAGGAAUACAGAGCUAAACUCGUCCAGCCAAGAGCCCAGGAGAGGAAGUGACAUCACAGGAACAAGCGAAAGUGUAGACUGCCUGCCUCGAGACGUGGUCACCCGCACCAUGGAAUGAUGGGAGUGAACGGUGUCCAGUGUUCCUUUGGGAUUUUGAAGGAUUUUUGGACAGCGUUUUCUGUUCUGUGGGAGGAACACUGCGGUUCUAGACAGGUUAAUAUUCCUGGAUGUCAAUUUUCCAGUAUAAGAGGUUCAUCUGAUCAUCAGGCUGUGUGUGAGUGCGUGUGAGUGUGAGUGUGCGUGUGAGUGCGCGUGUGUGUGUGUGAGUGCGUGUGAGUGUGCGUGUGAGUGCAUGUGAGUGUG